UUAAUCUUCCAGAUCUAGCGACUAUUGCAAGUUCAUCGAUCUUCUGCUUGAAAGUACGAGAUAAGGAGGCCAAAAGCCUUGGAAACUGGAAUUGAAUGGGGUUUCUGCGUGCUUCCUGCUCGAAGCUAAACGUACACUACAAUGCCACAACUGGUUCUGAACUUACCUUCACUUUUCCAUAACUUCAGAAAUGGUUGAAGUGCGAGAUUCCGGUGCACUGGAAAAGACACAUCUGCGUGAACAUUUUGUGCGACCUUUGCGCGAGCACCGACAUCUGCGAAUGGCGCCAUUCCCAUUGGCAGCAGGAGUUCCCGCUACGAACCUACUGGAGUUUCACGAAGGUCACCUGGAGGACCACGCGCAGUCCAUCGACCAAAAGCAAUGCAGUCUGUGCGGAGGUUGCGCUUGCUGUCAUUUGGCUUCAGUGAAGGUUGAAGCUGAGGAACAAGUGUCUAAGUACGAAGCCGAGUGGCAACCAAUGCUGCGCGAUAUAUACGCGAUAGAUCGGCAUCAAUAUCGUGGUUCUCGCGCUGCCGCCUUCGUCAACAAACACUAG